UAUACAAAUCUCCAGGGGCUAGGGCUACCCAAUAAUUGCAUUGUACUCCCUGUACGAAAGUACGUUUCCCAGGAACCUAUCCAAACCCGCCUAUGUCCUGGAUCUGGAGACAGCUUCGUCUACAUAGUACUCCACGCAAUGCGGCAACCCUUCAUCCUAACCUAGGGCAAACCACUUCUCAGAUGUUCUUAGCCCCGCCAAAGGUGACCCUCCAACAGACACUGGUCCUGCCAAGUGGGCGGCAUACCUUGACCGUCUUUGACUCGUUGUCAUCUCCAAAAAGGACUCCCAGUUCCCGAUGCUUCCCUUUGGAGGGUCACAAGACGACUUGGUCAAUGGGAAUGACGUCUUUACCAACUUCAUCCGCUUCACCCAGCGCGCUUACGGUCACCUCGACAAGUCAUCAACCGCCCCAAUCUUUUCGACGCGCAAGGCACGGCUUCUUCGACUUUCUAGAUACUUUCUAGAUUAUCUUAUGUGCUUUGGUGACGACACACUACCCUCAUCGAACACCCUCAACUUCAGCCGAGUUCUGGUCAACUCUACUGCAGAUCCCCUCGAUUUCCAUCAGCCCAGUUUCUGAGCCCACCUGCGGAAUCUGCUUGGACUUGGCCAAUCGCACCGCUGUUACAAAUACCACCGCAACUAUCCUGGCUCAACGUGAAUUUACGGAUAUCUCAACUUAUUCUUUGCAUGAGCAGUUGCCGAAUAAGGUGCGCGCUCGCUUUGAAGGGGACAUUCAACCGUCUCUGGACCCUUGCUUUCGCUCAAGCUCCUAGUUGCAGCUUCUCAACCACGCGGCCGAAACACAACGGGCAGCCCGUAUACCAGCCCGACGACCUUUGUACUAUUCUCUGUAAAUUUCAGGAUUUUGGGCUGCUGGGUGACUCUCAUGAUCUACCUAUUUACGCGAUAUAUUACCUUGAUAUAAGUUUGAGGUGCAAAUGGCCUGUCUCUUAUAGGGUUGUUAAAAAUUUCGGCUCAUCUACGCCUGGCCUUGUGAGUUUAGAUCUUGUAAAGGAAGAGCCCCAUGCAAUUCCGCACCAGUCCAUUUUCAUUAGCUCCUUUUAAUUAGGGGCAUUUCGGGUCCUAGACGCGACCAACGUCGCCUCCUUCGGAACAAUGUCCCUACGAGAAAAACACUAGGAACUAGUUAUGAAAAGGAAACAUUAUGUUUACAUCCACUAAGUAUUAGACUUCAAAUUCUAUAAGUAUAGCUACAAGUCCU